CCAGUGUGGAAGAACUGGGGCUACCCGGCUGCAUUCGGUGUAUCAGUGAGUGUUGAUAAACUGUUCUAGAAAGAUGGAGGAAAUAAAGAAGAAUAAAGAGAAACCUCAGCAGGAGAAGAGUGAAGGGAAGGAGAAACAGUCUGCCGGGAAAGAGAAGGAGAAAGAUAAGAAAGAGGAGCAGGAGCUGUCUGAGGAGGACCGGCAGUUACAGGAGGAGCUGGAACUGAUGGUGGAGAGAUUGAGCGAUACGGACGAGUCCCUGCACCACUCCGCUCUGGAGGAGCUGCGCCGACAGAUCCGCUCCUCGACCACGUCCAUGACGUCUGUACCCAAACCCCUCAAGUUCCUGCGGCCGCAGUACGGCAAGCUUAAGGAGAUCUACGAGGGCAUGGCGGCCGGGGAGAACAAGCGUUUCUGUGCCGACGUGGUUUCCGUCCUGGCCAUGACGAUGAGCGGAGAGAGGGAGUGUCUGAAGUACCGUCUGCUGGGGUCGCAGGAGGAGCUGGCGUCCUGGGGCCACGAAUACGUCAGGCACCUUGCGGGUGAGGUGGCGAAGGAGUGGCAGGAGCUGGAGGAGGGCGAUAAGGUGCAGCAGGAGACCCUGCUGAAGCUGGUGAAGGAGAUCGUGCCCUACAACAUGGAGCACAACGCCGAGCACGAAGCCUGCGACCUCCUGAUGGAGGUCGAGCACCUGGACAUGCUGGACCUGUACAUCGACGAGAACGCCUACGCCAAGGUCUGCCUCUACCUCGCCAGCUGCGUGAGCUACGUCCCCGAGCCCGAGAACUCCGCCCUGCUGAAAUGCGCCCUGAACAUCUUCCGCAAGUUCAACCGUUACCCAGAAGCCCUGAGGCUGGCGCUCAUGCUCAACGACGUGGAGCUGGUGGAGAACAUCUUCACGUCCUGCAAAGACAUUGUGGUGCAGAAGGAGAUGGCCUUCAUGCUGGGCAGACACGGCAUGUUCCUGGAGCUGAACGAGGACGUGGACGACUACGAGGACCUGACCGAGAUCAUGUCCAACGUCCAGCUCAACAGCAACUUCCUCGCCCUCGCUCGUGAGUUGGACAUCAUGGAGCCCAAAGUGCCGGACGACAUUUACAAAACCCACCUGGAGAACAACCGAUUCGGCGGCAGCGGCUCUCAGGUGGACUCGGCUCGCAUGAACCUGGCCUCGUCGUUCGUGAACGGCUUCGUCAACGCGGCGUUCGGGCAGGACAAGCUGCUCACGGAGGACGGCAACAAGUGGCUCUAUAAGAACAAAGAUCACGGGAUGCUGAGUGCUGCUGCGUCUCUCGGGAUGAUCCUGCUCUGGGACGUGGACGGCGGUCUGACUCAGAUUGACAAGUAUCUCUACUCCUCCGAAGAUUACAUCAAGUCGGGGGCGCUGCUGGCGUGCGGUAUCGUGAACUCGGGCGUCCGUAACGAGUGCGAUCCCGCCCUGGCCCUCCUGUCCGACUACGUCCUGCACAACAGCAACGUCAUGAGGAUAGGAGCCAUCUUUGGGCUGGGUUUGGCGUACGCCGGAUCUAACCGUGAGGACGUCCUGUCUCUGCUCCUGCCCGUCAUGGGAGACUCCAAAUCCAGCAUGGAGGUGGCAGGAGUGACGGCGCUGGCGUGCGGUAUGAUCGCCGUGGGUUCGUGUAAUGGUGACGUCACCUCCACCGUCCUGCAGACCAUCAUGGAGAAGAACGAGCAGGAGCUGAAGGACACGUACGCUCGCUGGCUGCCCCUCGGACUCGGACUCAACCACCUCGGUAAAGGAGAGGCGAUCGAGACCACGCUGGCAGCCCUGCAGGUCGUCCCCGAACCGUUCCGCAGCUUCGCGAACACACUCGUGGACAUUUGCGCCUACGCAGGAUCCGGUAACGUCCUGAAGGUGCAGCAGCUGUUGCACAUCUGCAGCGAGCACUACGACACCAAGGACAAAGACGAGGACAAGGACAAGAAGGACAAAAAGGACAAGGAUAAGAAAGAGAGCGCGGCGGACAUGGGUUCUCAUCAGGGCGUGGCUGUACUGGGUAUUGCACUUAUCGCCAUGGGGGAGGAGAUCGGAUCGGAGAUGGCGCUACGUACGUUCGGGCACCUGUUGCGGUACGGAGAGCCCACUCUGCGCAGGGCGGUCCCGUUGGCGCUGGCGCUCAUCUCCGUGUCCAAUCCCAGACUCAACAUUCUGGACACGCUCAGCAAGUUCUCACACGACGCCGACCCAGAGGUCUCGCACAACUCCAUCUUCGCCAUGGGCAUGGUGGGCAGCGGCACCAACAACGCACGCCUGGCGGCGAUGCUGCGCCAGCUCGCCCAGUACCACGCCAAGGACCCCAACAACCUGUUCAUGGUCCGACUUGCGCAGGGUUUGACUCACCUCGGUAAAGGCACUCUGACUCUGUGCCCGUACCACAGCGACAGGCAGCUGAUGAGUCAGGUUGCAGUUGCUGGACUCCUCACGGUCCUGGUGUCGUUUUUGGACGUCAAAAACAUCAUUUUGGGGAAAUCUCACUAUGUGCUGUAUGGACUGGUAGCAGCGAUGCAGCCUCGUAUGCUCGUCACAUUCGACGAGGAGCUCCGACCUUUGCCGGUCUCGGUCCGGGUUGGACAGGCGGUGGACGUGGUGGGUCAGGCGGGUAAACCUAAAGCCAUCACCGGAUUCCAGACCCACACCACGCCCGUCCUGCUGGCACACGGAGAGAGGGCGGAGCUGGCUACAGAGGAGUACAUCCCGGUCACGCCCAUCCUGGAGGGCUUCGUCAUCCUGCGCAAAAACCCCAACUACGACGCCUAAACACACACACACACACACACACACACACACCUGAUCCAGGACCUCCACCCAUCCAGAACGAACCUCCUGUACUCGACCUGUCUAAACUCCAUCCAUCACAGAUACUUUAUUACAUCCAGCAGCGAUUUCUUCCUUCUCUUUAUUUUUUUUUUUUAGUAUCACAGGUGUGUUUGCUUUGAUCUCAAUCAUUAUUUCGUUCCGUUUUUGUCUGUUUUGUUUGACUGUAAAAGGUUGUGAUAUAAAGAAUAAAUAAAAAAAUGUGGUCUGUA